UUUACAGAGGUCGUCUGCAUUGCGCUAAGCCUAACGUGAUUCGGAUGUACUGGCAGUAGUCCGCUCUUAUAAACACGUUUCGAUUUUCCUGGUGCUUAUCGGAGCUUGAGCCCACAGGAUUUCUUCGUUAAUGAACAAUGGCUGCAGAAUCCGGUGGAAGUGCUGGCAGUUCAGCCGGUCCCAAGGACAUCCAAGCUAACGGAAGUUUCCGAAGUUCCUCCGAGGAAGCCAGCAACGACAUCACAGACAUUGCAUCAAGUGCAAAGUCAAGGGCGACCGAGUCCACGUCGGUGGCUGCGUCAGGGGCUUCGUUCGCGUCUGACUUUUCGUGUCCUCCAUUCCUAGAAGUAGACUUUGACGAUCUGGACUUCCACGAACGGUGCGGUGGUGGGGCCUUCGGAAGUGUUUAUAAAGCGGCUUGGAAGUCGCAGAACAUGGUUGUUGCUGUAAAGAAGUUGCUCGUACUCGAAAAGGAGGCACAAGUCCUGAGUGUGCUCAGCCACAGGAAUAUUAUCAAGUUUUAUGGAGCAACAACAAAAGCCCCCAACUUUUGCAUCAUAACAGAGUAUGCAGAACUUGGCUCCCUGUAUGCGUUCCUCGCGAAGCAAGAGAAUGACUCCAUGCUGAGCUUUAACCAGAUUCUUCAGUGGGGAAUUCAAAUCGCAUCUGGCAUGCAUUAUCUCCAUGAAGAGGCUCCUAUUAAAGUUAUUCAUCGUGACCUCAAAUCUAAAAAUGUCGUUAUUUGUGCUGACUUUACUUGCAAGAUAUGUGAUUUUGGGGCAUCACGGUUCCUCGGAGGUACAACACGGAUGUCCCUUGCAGGAACGCUUCCUUGGAUGGCUCCAGAGGUCAUCCAGUGCCUGCCAUCUUCAGAAACAUGUGAUGUCUGGUCAUUUGGUGUGGUUCUGUGGGAGCUGCUAACUCACGAAGUGCCUUUCAAAGGCAUCGAAGGCUUCCAGGUUGCAUGGGCAGUCGUAGAGAAAGACGAACGCCUGACUAUACCGAGCACUUGCCCAGCGGCGUUUGCAAACCUCAUGAGCGCAUGCUGGAAAAUGGAUGCCAAGGAACGCCCUCCAUUCUCAAGUAUCCUGCAGCACCUGACAGCAAUGGUGAAUGAUGAUUCCCUGUCCAAUAUGGCCUCUGUGUACUUAAGCCAGCGGAGCAUUUGGAAGCAAGAAAUAGAAGCCACAUUGGAACUGAUGAAGCGGGCCGAACGGGACCUCAGCCAGAAGCAAAAGCAGCUGGAGGAAUGGGAAAGCCGCUUGCAGCAGAAGGAACAGCAACUGGAGCGACGCAGGGGAUGCAUGGAACUCUAUUCACAUAAUGUGAACACUUGGAAUGAGGAACAGGUGCGUCUUUGGAUACAGCAAUUGGGAUGUGAUGAUGGCACCAGAGAUUUGGAGCAGUACGCCGAGCUGUUUUGCAACCAGCGGAUCACGGGCAAACGGUUGCUCAUGCUGACGCAAGAACAUCUAAAGGACAUGGGGAUUGUUCCACUGGGCCACAGAAUGGCUCUGCUGGAUGAAAUCGAUAAGCUUGCGGCACACAACAGACGGAUGCUCGACUUCCCUCCACUGGAGGCAUCUGUGCGCAGCAGAAGUCCGCCACGUCCUCGCUCGCGCGGUGCGGAGCCCAAGAGCGAUGCACACACCAGAGGAGGGUCUUGCCUGGCAACUCGGCUGACGCUGCUGUUUGGGAGCCACGUGAGACUGGGUGCUGGGCCUCGGGAGCACAAGUGGAAGGCCUUUGUGGAAGUGGAUGUCGGCGAACCGCAUCUGCUGCACGACCUCGCCACCACAUGUAUCCGGGAUGUCACAUUUGAGUGCAAGGCUACAGGGCUUUUUCUCACGAGAAUAGCGCAGCCACCAUACGUGAUGGAUAGGUGGUGCCUAGGAAUUACACCCGAUACCGUCGUCACCUGCGUUGUGAACUAUGAGAGCACCGUCCAGCAACCCCGCUUCACACUGAUGACGCACCACAUCACUCCGGAAAGCCAACCACCGCAGCAGACAGAGGUGACCCUAUUGCUGCACGUGGCAACCGCCUCCGUUCCGCCCCUGAGUGGCCAGGAGGGGCCCCUAGGGGCGUUACAGGGGCGGCAGAGUCGUUCAGCCCCAUCACGCGGUCGUAGGCUUUCUGAGGACAGCCUCUUCCUGCCCGAAGCCUGGAGGCAUCGAGUGCUGUUUGGGGGUUUCUCGCCGUCCCCGCCAAUGCGAAGACAGCGGGACGUGCGGGAACAUCGCCGUUCACACUCCGGCAGCACAUCGUGGGCAUCCAUCGUGUCGGGUAACGUAGACGGCAAGGACCGACCUCGACGUCCAAUCACCUUCGCCGCUGAUGACGACUUCCCGAUCCUUACUGCCGCACACGGGGCCGCCAUCUCAAGCGAAGAUGACGACGACGACUUCGCGAGCGACCGCCUCAAACCACGCCACCGUCAUCACCAUCUAGAGUUCACCCUUCACUCUAGCUCAUCAGAAUCUCUCAGCGACCACCAAGGCGCCGCUCCCCUUUCCACUAGUCACGACAGCUCACUGCAAGAGCCCCGACACCGCCGCAACAGCGCCCCCACUAGGCGACGUGAUCCAAAGAAGUACCGACACUCGGCAAGUGACAGCGGGUUCUCUUCCGAUGCAUCGCGGAGGGUCUUGAGGGUCGAAAAGUGUCACUUCAAACUAAAGAGCAGCACGGGUGGCUGCGAUGCCGGCCCGUCCAUGCCGGACCAUUCUGAGUUUGGCUUCGGCAUCGGUUCCGGUCUGGGACGUCUCAGCCUGAACAUGGAGUCCGACGGACUGAGAAUGAGAGGGAGGCGCAAACUGGCGAGCCUCCUGGAUCGCGUUGGUGGGGAGUUGAAGUGGAAGGGAGUCGGCUAUGAUGGGACAAUGUGAUGAGUUUCCUAUUUUUUUUAGUCUGUUUGAGAACAAGGUAUCGGUAGAAGCAUAGAACACAACCACCUGAGAGGCACUUUUUUUUGGGGGGGGGGGCUUUUGCCAUAAAGUGAGCUCCACUUGCUUCUCUUUCACCCGGACAUUGGUAACUUCACUGCAGAGUGAACGGAUGUGGUCGAUCCGUUGAUGUAGUGACGGGUACCAAGCCAACUGCGCAUACAUGUCGCAGCAGGGCAUGUCAGUUUUGAAGCGACAGUCUGGAAACACUGUUGCAUGCUUUCUUAUGAGGGUGUAAGAGAUGACGUGUAAGCUGGAGGUCUCCUCCACUUGGCUGCACUCACUGCACGCCCUGUGAACUUUUCCUGUUUGUUUCGUAAAGGUGUGUACCUAGUUCCGGACGAGUGCACGGUUCCAAAGUUUCCGUAGUUUUCAAAGUUUUUGCAGCGUUAUAUUAAAGGAAAGCCGAGCACUUAAUAGCAGAAGCAGACAACGCGAGCACACAUAGCCCUGAGCAGAACAAUAUCUUGGCCCAGUAGUGACUAUUUAUCAGCAAUACUCCACUGCCCAGUAAACCGUAGACGUCCCAGGGACGUCCGUGGAAUAUUGGGAAAUUGACGUUCGCAUAUCCCUGGGACUUUCUCAGAGAGCCUAGGGAUAACCAUGGGACAUCCGGGGGACUAUGCUUUUACCCUGAAACUGAUGUCCCAGGAAUAUCCGUGGAACGUCAGUGAUAGGAUUUGGGACAUAAAAAGGACAUUGCUAAACCAUGCAUUGUUCGACCAAGGUGCUGUGCUGCUUGGUCAAAUGAUCAGUCAAAGUCGACAGUCAAAGCCAUUCGACAGCUGAAACUCAAAUAAUCAUCAUUCGACAACUCCAGACCGUCCUUUUUUUUUUUUUUUCAUUUUUGUCAAUCCAUUGUUUCAGUCUCGAGAAUGAUGCCCACUAAACGUAGUUCCAAUUCCCAAAAUCAGUCUUACCAUGGUACGUUCAGAUGGUAGGUCAAUUGGUACUGUGUAUAUAUUUAUUGAAUUGUCUUCUGUGUACUGAACUAUAUGUUUGGAAAGGCCAAACACGUGUAAUGGUCGCGCUUGCUUUGCGCUUCAGCUGUGCCUUUCUUCAUCCGUGCAUUGUAACCUCAUGCAACCUCAUUUGUAAAUGAUGCUGACUGGACGCCUAGCAUAGGUGUCCUUGCCGUGCACCGUGUCAUAGUGCAGUUGCUGGCCAAUUUUUCGGACUUCUUGGAGCCACAAGGUUUGUCCGAAUUAUCGAGCAGUCCGAAUUUUUAGUCAGUAUGGCAAAGCAAACUUUUCCCUCCUAGUCUCUAUCGCGAAAUGGCUUAGGCAAAACGCUGCACAAGUGCGGGACGUAGUGACAAAGUUCUGCUAGUGGAGCGUUACCACUGUGCACCUUCACAAGCAUACGAGGAUUGCCACGGUUAACAAGGGGGAGCAUCAAAAUAUCCUUAUCAUCACCGCUAUCGUCCGAGCCUUCCAGAACGGGAAGGCAUCUGUUUGACAAAUGAUUUCGUCACCUCCUAAUUUAGCGUUAAAUAUAAUGGCACUGUCUGCAUUAUGUACAUAUCGAAAGGGGGAAUUGUAGUCGCGGGCGUCUUCGACUAGAGCUGACCCUCCCGCUGUGCCGCUAUCAAAGUUGUGCUUGCACUCUUUUUCGCCAACAAAGUAUGCAGGGCUCAUUAUACCACUGUGCAUAGCAAGCAAAAUAUUUUGGGAGGAGUUCUAUGGGAACUUUACAGGCGGGCGAGGGAUUGCACCUUUGUUUCUCUCACACAAAUGCACUACCAAAGGCAUGGGUUGGGGGGGGGGGG